GCGGAGCGCCAGCUCGCGAGAGCGGAGCGCCGGGCCCGGCAGGAGCUCCAGGACAGCAGGGUCCGGGACGAGAAGUGGGACGACCACCCGGCCAGACGAGGCCGGGUGUCCCGGUCCCCCUCGAGGAUACCGCAGCGAGCCCGCUCGUCCUCCUCGAGGGCGUCCCGGCGCAGCGGGUCCGCUUCGAAGUCGAAAGGGCGCCGAAGGUCCGCCUCCCGCAGGCGGCGGCGAGCGGGCUCGCGCUCGCCGCCACCGCCGCCGCCCUACGGGCCGCCGGGGAUGAUGCCCGGCCCUGGCGGCAAGGGCAGCUGCAAGGGCGGCUGGCCUGGCGGCUGCAAGGGCGGCUGGCCUGGGAUGCCUGACAUGAUGGGCCACAGGGGCCCAUCCGGCUUCCCGCCCGGCUGGGCCGGGCCCCCGCGGGGCCUUCCGGGCUUCGGUGCCCUGCCACCGCCCGGCAUGCCGCCCGGCAUGCGGCCCGGCAUGCGGCCCGCGCCUGGACCGCCUCCUGGCAUGCCGCCGGAGCGAUCAUCGCCCGGGCCAGCCGCUGCGCCCCCGCCACCCCCGCCGAAGCCAGCGGAGCGGUCGAAGGCCGCGGCGGAGUCAGACGGCUCCGACGUGGACGUGGCGAAGAUCUCGGAGCAGAUCAACCUGGACGACAUCUAG